AUGCCCAAAAAACUCCAUUUUCAAAACCCUCUAAUGGUGCUUAGCAAAGGGUCUCGUGUUGAAGUAAGCAGUGACGACGCCGGAUUCCAGGGUGCAUGGUACGUUGCUACCUUGCUGGAUAAUGUAAAUGUUCAAGAGUCCAAAAGUAAGGGGUCCAAACACAAGAGCAAACGUAGGAAGAAAAUCGGUUAUAUUGUUAAGUAUGAUUCCUUGUUUCAAGAAUGUAAUUUGUCUGAGCAUUUGAUGGAAAUCGUAGACCCUUCCUUCGUAAGACCUUUGCCUCCUCGCUAUCCUCGCCGUAAUAAUGAGGUGGCGGAGGCGGAGGCGGAGGCGGAGGAGGUUGGUUGUGAUUUUGAGCUAUUUGACGUCGUAGAUGCUUACCAUUUAGAUGGAUGGUGGAUCGGUGUGGUAACUAAGGUGAUGAUCGAUGGCGAGUUUAAAAAGUAUAUCGUUUCGUUUGAAAGUCCUCCUGAGGAAGUUGAGUUUGAAAAGUCUGAGCUGCGACUUCACGUUGAUUGGAUUGACGGCCGUUGGCAGGUCCCACCAAAAAAGACACUGGAGCAUCAAUCUGCCGUAAUAAAUGCUGCAGAAACACCAAAGUCCAAUGAUGAUGCUCACUCAGGCUUCACCGCACCUUCUGAAGGAGCUAUAAUGACUGAUCCAGAUAACCCAACUGUUGGCCCUCAAAUUUCUGCUAAAAAGAAGAGUGGUUCACAAAAAAUAGCUGUAGCUCAUGGGGAGACCGUCGGUGGACCAGAUCUUUCAGUUACAUAUAAUAGGAACAAGAGAGGUGAGAGAAACUCUCAUGGUAAAAGAUUCCAAUCUUCCGCAGGUAGCAAGGGAAACACUGAAGUUGUGGUGCCUUUGUUGGGAGCUAGUGGAUCAAAAGCGAUACAUCAAGAUUCACUUCUCUUCGAGCAAGAAAUAAGCAUCACGGAAACUUGUGAAGCAGAGUCCGGUAAGAUCCCCCAGAAAAGAAAGAGGGGUAGACCUCCAAGGUCACUGAUUAAAAUGCCAAAUGAUUUAUUACAAGACAAUCAAGAAUCGGGGGAAAGGGUUUCUUCUGUCAUUCAUGAAAUGACUACUGAACUUGAUGAACAACCUCUAUCUGUCUGGUAUCAAGGGCUGCAUCCAAUGAAGGUUAUGAAGAACACAGGAGGUUCUCGUUGUAGUGCUCUUGACCACCGUGAUGAACCAAGUGAUGCAUUGAAUCCAGCCAUAGUCAACAAUCGUGAAAUAACCAAAUACCAACAAGAGUGGCCUUUCACCAAGCAGUCUCCAAUCUGGGCCACCAUUGAAUCUCUUGAGUUAUACCAGAAUUCACCACAAAAGCCACACUUUUCUCUGUUAAAGAAGGUCAAAGAGGAUUAUCGUGAGGGUUUUGCCAUCGCCCACAUGGUGACAUUUGCGAAUGUGGUUCAAAGAACUUCGAAACUAAAGUUGGAUGAUGCCAAUGACUUGCUCGAGAACAGUUUGAAAACUGUAGGCGACUUGGAGACUCAUGGGUUUGACGUGGGUGCUGUACGAGCUCGUUUGAAUGAAUUACUAUCUAGAAAAGCACAAGUAGGUGAGCUCAAGGAUAAGUUGAAACAAGUCGAGACAGAACUCGAGAAGCAGAAUGUUGAAAAGUCGAAAAUCGAUGAGCAAAUCAAUCAACUUGAAGGGGAAAUGCAGGAGUUGCAAGAGAAACUGGUGGAGAGUGUGAAGAAGAAGAAUGUGAAGGAUGAGGAGAUUAUGAUGUUGCAAUCAAACUUGCAUCUGGUUGGUAAUCAAAUCAUGGAUUUAAAGGUUGAUUUUGAAAAACUUGCAGCAACCCCUUUGUAAGUUGUAGAACUUGUAGGUAUGAUCCACCUCUGCUGAUGUACAAAAAAUGGUUUUUUAUCUUUCAAUUCCCACUCUCUACUGUGUUGGAAGUAAUGGUUAGUGGACAUGUAUGCUUACAUCCCAUCUAU